UGAUGGAGAAUUAAUUAAUGAUUGAAAACUUAAAACUUUGUCUCAGUUUGUAGUCUUUCCACUGGUGUUCCCUUGGCAGCUGGGAAUUUUGUGGUAGGGCAGACUGUUUCACACAAGUAGUUCUCAUUUUACUUUUACUCUUUUGCCACUGAGUGUCAGCUGCCUGGGACCCUCUCAAACCUGGAGACUUUCAGUGUUGGAUGAUUACAAGAGCUAAAUCCUCAUAGGAACAGGAAAAUGAAGAAACUAUCCUUUCUGGAAAAAGUAAUUAUAGUAGCAAUUACAGUUGACAUUCUAAUUUUGCUCUUUUUUUUUUUUUUUACAGGACUGUUGAAGCCUGGACGUCCCCUCCCCUUCCCCUUCCCCCUUUGCCGCUUUGUGGCAUCCCCCUCCCUCUGUCCUUUCCCCCUCUGCCUAAUAAUCCGGCCAUGACUAGCAGGAGCACAGCCAGGCCCAAUGGGCAACCUCAGGCCAGCAAAAUAUGCCAGUUCAAAUUGGUCCUGCUGGGGGAGUCUGCAGUGGGAAAAUCUAGUCUGGUAUUACGUUUUGUCAAAGGGCAAUUCCAUGAAUACCAGGAGAGUACCAUUGGAGCGGCCUUCCUCACCCAGUCUGUCUGUCUAGAUGACACAACAGUCAAGUUUGAGAUCUGGGACACAGCUGGGCAGGAGCGAUACCACAGCUUAGCCCCCAUGUACUACAGGGGCGCUCAAGCUGCUAUCGUGGUUUAUGACAUUACUAAUCAGGAGGCCCAGGCUUAUGCAGAUGACAACAGCCUAUUGUUUAUGGAGACUUCGGCCAAGACAGCCAUGAACGUGAACGAUCUCUUCCUGGCAAUAGCUAAGAAGUUGCCAAAGAGUGAACCUCAGAAUCUGGGUGGUGCAGCAGGCCGAAGCCGGGGUGUGGAUCUCCAUGAGCAGUCCCAGCAGAACAAGAGCCAGUGUUGUAGCAACUGAGGGGGUGGCUAGCAGCAAACAAGUAUGGAGCUAGCACGAGAGCUAAGAAAUAACCUCCAUCCCCACCCCUCAGCACACAGCCCCUACGGUAACAGCACACUGAGCCCUGGCUCCCAAGGGCUGCCUCCUGACAGCUCCGUCAUGGCACUUUUUAAUGCUUCAGCAACCGACACCAGGCAGCUGUUGCCACUGGCCUCCUGCCCCUUACUCCGGGGCUUGGGGGUCAACCCCCCAGGACUUACCUUCCAAAACAAACUUUCUUCACUUUGUAUUAUAGGUGCAAGACAGUGCCCUACUUACCUUUCCGCCUCCUUCCCCAGUGAUCUUUCCCUUCUUUUCAGAAAACACUUUUGUCUUCUGUCCCCUCCCCCUUUUGCUUUUGAGAAUCCCUGUUCUUAAUCCCGUUUUCCUCCUCUGCCCAAGAUAGUGAAGGUGGUUAACACAGGGACUGAGGAAGAAGGUUCAGUCACAUUGAAGGCCUUGGGAGAAAGGAAGGCCCAGGACAGAAGAGAGUAAGGAAACAAUUUUUUUGUUUUAAGUUUUAAGUUGGCUGGAGUUUCUCAUAUUUGAACACACAGCAGUGUGGUGUCCACGGGUUGGCCUUGUGGAGGGUGGUGUCCUGGGCAGGGGGUGAGAGUUGGAGGCAAGCUGUGAGGCAUCAGCAAAUUAGAUGGUGGUUGGCAGAGAAGGAGGUACAGAGUCAUCUCUGGCUCUGGAACUUUACCAGGCACACCUUCCUCUCAUCCAGUGUCCCAGGUAGCGUGUCCCUUAUCAUGGGAGUCAGAGCCAGAGUCCUCCAAGGAGUCUUCUCUGGUCACCUGUGUCAUCUCCUAGGGGAGGGACAGCCAGCUUCCAUCUCCAUCCUUCACUGGUGUGGCAGCAUUUGCUCCUCCCCCAGCCUUUGGAUGGCCUUUGCUCCAACAGCCACAUCCCCCUGCUGUUUGCACUUUAACUGAUGGUAGUUCAGUGGGAUAUUUGUUUUAUGUAGGGGAGGGGGAUUAAGUCACCUGCCUUUCCACCUUUUUGUUUCUAGUAAGUAAGAUUCAGUUUUAUUUUAUUCACCACAACACACUUGCGCCUCUUCCUCUAGGAGAUACUCAUCAGGUUCUUAGGUGAGACAACAGACAAUUGAAUUGCCAGUAUAAGUAGUUAUUGAGGGCCUGAGAAGCAACAUCCUUUGCAACUGUCUCCUAAACCAAGUCCCCCAGGAGGCAUCAUGGAGAACGCCAUUCAGCUUGACUGACCAGCUUGUCCUCUAGUUAUGGAAAACUCUCGGAGAGUUGCCACUGCAUUGAUAUCACGUGGAUAUCAAUGUUUUUGUCAUCUCCAUAUUUGAUCAUUUCAUGAACAAAGUCAUCAGUGGGUUUGACAUGGACAACUGCAUGAUACUGCUUGUUACCAGUCUUACACCGCUUCGUUUGAGUGGGUUUCAGCUCCCCAAUUAAAUUACAAGCUGCUUGUGGGCAAAGACCGUGCCUUUGAUCUCUCUGGAAUCCCUCUCACAGUGUCCAGAACAGCACCCAUUACAGAGCAGGUGCCCAAGAAACGGCAUUUGGUGAUGGACAGCCAUGGCUUCAAGUCAGAGGGUGGCUGGGUCUCCUUCUGUGGAUCUAUCUAGUCAUGUGUGUAAGGCAGUGGCUGUAACUGAAGCAGCCUAUGCUGGGCACGUGAACUGAGCACUCCAGGCUGGGUCGCUGGAUUGUGUAGCUGGUUACACAGUCCUCCCCACUCCUUUUUUUUUUUUUUUUAAUAGAAUCUGCGGAAGAUAUGAGAGUUUGGAAGUAGGUGGAGAGAAAAAUUCAGUGGCAGCUACUCAAGCCCAGUCUCCACUGCUAGCUCCCACCAACUCCAAUUGACAACCUAUAUAUUCUUGCCAGACCAGCGAGAGAGAGAGAGAGAGAGAGAGAGAGAGGCGUGUGUGUGUGUGUGUGUGUGUGUGUGUGUGUGUGUGUGUGUGUGUAUGUAUUUUCUCUGAAGAAUUAAGCAGCUGGGGAGUGGUGUCAGGAUAGCACAGGUCAAGGUCAGGGAGCAAAGGGUCAGGCAGAAGGGACGGAUUUUCUAUCCUUUCCAAGGGUUCAGUUUGAUUUCCAUUGCCUUGUGUUCUGUACUUUUCUUGUAAAUAUGUAUGCGCUUUAUUCCUACUGUCUGAUCUGUUCUUUCUCUUGCCUCCAAUCUGGUCCUGUUUUUCUCCUUUGUUAGUAUCUUGAGUUGAGGUCUUCUGUCUUUGCCUCUGUUUUCUCUCCCCAUGAACCCCUAGGGGCUGGUGCCACAGGGGCCCCCUUGUGGUCCUCCCGGUACCACCUGUUCCUGUGGACAGGGAAUGACUAGCACUGAGGGAACCUCAGAGCUGUCUCACGCUGGCAGAGGAACUUGGUCCUUUCUGACUAUCUAGCCUUCCAUCAGGUGUUUUAGGAUGGCUACAGGAAGCCAUUCAGGCAAGAGAGAAUUCCAGGUCCCUUCUUGUCCUCGUUCAGAAUUUUGGGAAAGUUAGGGGAAGAAAGAGAGGAAACGCUGUAGUCACCUAGAAUGAAAACCGUUCUGGCCGCUUGGGCUUGCAGACUGCCUUGUAUCCCAGAGCAGCUGAGAAAUCCAUGAAGCUGAUUCUGACGAACCCAUCUUCAUAGAUUGUUGUACUUGCGCCUCCGUUCCCUUCCUCUUCCAGGGGCAGCCUUAGUUCCCAUGGCCCUGAAACACACACCUUCCCCUCUUCCUUUCCCACAGCCCACUAGCCUCUUAAGGCACCCAGGAUGUUGUUUUUACAUGUGGAAGAGCUGGGGUGGCUCUCAGAGUCGCUUAGAAGUGAAAUCUUUUCCCUGUGCAGCUUUCCCCUUGGAGCAGGAGUAGACAUUGUAUUGCCUUGGGGCUGGGCAACAGUUCCCUUGGCCCCUUAGAACAGUAUCAGCCUUAGCUUCUGGGCCUAUCUGCUGCCGUCCCUCCAGUCCUACCAGCUCUUCUGCCUUCCUUUAAGCUCUGUUGGGCUUGAGGGUCUUAGUUUUUUAUUUCUCACCUCUUCAUUAUUUUUUUUUCUUAUCAGUUUUUAGAGGGGGAGGGCAUCUUUUUUUUUUUUUUUUUCUAAGAAAGCAUUUGCCUUUCUGUCCCUCUUCCUCACCCAACAUAACAAUCGUGGUAACAGAAUGUGACUGCUGAUUUACCGAUGUAUUUAAUGUAAGUAAAAAAGGAAAAAAAAAAAAAAA